AUGAUUCCGAACACUCUCCCAAAGGUUAUCCAGGUCAACUUUGAGGAGUUUGACAUGGAGAUCGGCUAUGACUCGUUAACCAUCGGAGACGGAGGGCAAGUUGGAGACUCAAGAACUAUAAUACAAGUCCUGACAGGUAGCUUCGUGCCUGACCUCAUUGUCAGCAUGUCCCAUCAAAUGUGGCUGCACCUUCAGUCUGAUGAGAGCGUGGGAUCUAUCGGCUUCAAGAUCAACUAUAAAGAGAUUGAUAAGGAGAGUUGUGGGGACCCAGGCACACCUCUGUAUGGCUUCCAGGAGGGCAGUGGGUUUCUGAACGGGAACGUGCUGCGGUUCGAGUGCCAGUUUGGCUUCGAGCUGAUUGGAGAGAGGAUGAUCACCUGUCAGAACAACAACCAAUGGUCUGCUAACAUCCCCAUUUGCAUAUUCCCAUGUUUCUCCAACUUCACGGCGGCCGUGGGCACUGUGCUGUCCCCUGACUACCCAGAGGGCUAUGGGAACAACAUGAACUGUGUGUGGAUCAUCAUCUCUGAACCAGGCAGCCGGAUCCACCUGGCCUUCAACGACUUUGACCUGGAGCCUCCAUACGACUUCCUCACCGUGAAGGACGGAGACCAGACGGGCUCGUCCAUCCUGGGGAGAUACUCGGGGGCCGAGGUGCCGUCUCACUUCACCUCCAACAGUAACAUACUGCAGCUGGAGUUCCAGGCUGACCACUCCAUGUCCGGAAGAGGAUUCAACAUCACCUACAGUACUGGAGGGGGCAAGGUCAUGUGGAGCGGACCCAUCCCUAAAUGUGAAGCCCCAUGUGGAGGCCACUACUCUGCUCCGUCUGGAGUGAUCCUGUCCCCAGGGUGGCCUGGAUACUAUAAGGACUCCCUCAGCUGUGAGUGGGUCAUCGAGGCGACGCCCGGACGCUCUGUCAAGAUCAGUUUUGACAGGUUCCAGACGGAGCUCAGCUAUGACUUCCUGGAGUUGCAUGAUGGUCCCAACCUGCUCUCGCCUCUGAUUGGCUCGUUCAACGGCACCCAGGUCCCACAGUUCCUGUUCAGCAGUAGUAACUUCAUCUACCUCCUCUUCACCACCGACAACAGCAGAUCCAACAUCGGCUUCAAGAUCUUCUACGAGAGUGUGACGUUGGACACAUCAUCAUGCAUGGACCCUGGGAUCCCGGUGAACGGCGUGCGGUACGGCCAUGACCUGGCCAUCGGGUCCACGGUGUCGUUCCAGUGUGACCAGGGAUACCGGCUCAGUCAUGAGGAACCGUUGGUCUGUGGGGAGAACCACUGGUGGAGCCAUCCUCUGCCCACAUGUGACGAUGAUGAUGAUGUCACUAAGGAAGACAUUGCACAGGAUCGUAUUGAUGAUGUCACUAAGGAAGACAUUGCACAGGAUCGUAUUGAUGAUGUCACUAAGGAAGACAUUGCACAGGAUCAGUAUAAUCUGGAGCCGUGUGAGGACCCCGGGACCCCCAGGUUUGGCUGGCACACGGGCAUCAGCUUUGGCAUCGGGGACUCGCUGGUUUUCUCCUGCAAUACCGGCUAUCGCCUAAAGGGGGCGAGGGAGAUAUGGUGCCUGGGAGGAGGUCGCCGCAUGUGGAGUGCCCCUCUGCCAAGGUGUGUGGCGGAGUGCGGCUCAACCGUUUCCAACAGCGAAGGAGUUGUGUUGUCGCCCAACUACCCACUGAACUAUGACAACAGCCACGAGUGUGUCUACAGCAUUCAGGUGGAGACGGGAAAGGGCAUCAACGUCUCAGCAAGCACUUUCCAACUGGCACAAGGAGACAUUCUCAAGGUCUAUGAUGGAGGGGACAGUGCUGCUGCUGUUCUGGGUACCUACACUGGCUCCACCAUGUUAGGCCUGGUCCUCACCUCCACCUCCAAUCACCUGUGGCUGGAGUUCUACUCAGACCAGGAGCACACAGCAGGGGGCUUCAGACUCAGCUACUCCAGUUUUGAUCUGUCUCACUGCGAGGAUCCCGGGGUGCCUCAGUUUGGGUUCAAAGUCAGCGACCAGGGGCACUUCGCUGGCAGUGCCAUCACGUACGGCUGUGACCAAGGUUAUUCCCUGCACGGAAGUGGCAUCCUCAAGUGCAUGACCCGAGAGAGAAGAGCGUGGGACAACCACCUCCCCUCAUGCAUAG